GCCUUUGCCUGGAAUCAGUUAGAAGGUGGGGUAGAAAAAUUUCCAGAGAGACAGCGAAAGUGAAACUGAGUGAAACUGUCUCAUUUUCCCGAUGGCUUUACUGAUAGCCCCAUGACUGUUAGUAUAAGUACUUGCUGUGUAGUUGUUGAUGUUAUUGUAGUUAGUGAAGUAGGCCUACUGUCUUGCCAGCGAGAACACUGCAGUUGUUGUUGCAGUUACUGUGUGCUGCUGUCGACAUAGACACAGGGACAGAGCCUGUCCGAGCUACUUGGAAUUUCUCCAGUUUGUGUAUUACACCAACAAAACCUCAGAGAAGUAUGGACAAACAGAGAAAGAUGAUGACUUUCUGUCUGCUCUUGGCAGCUAUUAGCAGCCCCGUGCUUAGUGGAGAAUGGAAGGCCAAUGUUGUAAAAACCCUUGACGCCCUGGUUACAUCCUGCAUUGUGGUACCCUGUUCAUUCACCCAUCCUAAAGAACGCCUGCCCACCUCCAAACUCAGAGUCUGGCAUAAGUCAAGAAAUCGAGAUCAACGCAUCUAUAGCGAUGAUCAAACGCAAGUCUUGGAAAACUUAGGGGCGCGCACACGGUUGUUGGGACGUCUGGGUGACAACAACUGCACCUUAGAAAUUACUGAAAUUAAAGAUCAUGAUAAUGGCCCUUUCUGUUUCCGGAUUGAACUAGCACGAACAGAGACUGAUACAUCCACCGUUGACAAGUUCUCCUUUCUUGAAGAUUGUGUUGAGUUCAGAAUGCUCUCUGAUCCUCCGAAACCUACACUGAUUCACCCCAAGACAGCCAUUCAAGAUCAUCCCUACACUGUCGUCUGUUCAGUCACCCAUACCUGCCCCUCGCAUGGGCCUAAACUCACAUGGAGUAGGGGCACCGCAGACACUGAGGUCCACAGAGAAAUUAGUUUAGGCUUGUGGGAGACACAGUCCAUCCUGACGUUCAUUCCUGAGGAGAAGGAUGACCACAGUGAGGUCACCUGCACAUCACAAUUUAAUGGACAGAAGACGUCCUCUUCAUCACUGAAACUCGAUGUAAAACGUACAGAAAACUGUAACCACAUCAUCAUUCCCACAGUAGUGGGGAUUGGUAUCGCUGUGAUCGUUGCAGUCUUCUGCAUUUUCAUGGUGAAAAAAUACAAGAACAGAGUCUGAAGAUAAUCAAAGGAAACCAGAAGAAGUCUAUUGCUGUCUGCAAAAGUGCUGCCUUUAAAAUUUCGCUAUAAUAAUACUGUUUAAAAAAAAAAUGAAAUUAAGUCAAGAGGAAAAUCAUUCAUUGGAGAGUUGAAUCUAUUUGUUUGACAAGCUUGCUUUCAUGUUAUUCACAUAUUAACUUCAGAAAAAUGCCAUUACAAAACAGCAACUUAGAACACAAAAUAUAUAUAAAAUUAUGUUAACAAAGCUUAAAUGUUUUAGCAUGUUUUUCCUGAAAAGCAACAUUAUGUACUGUCAACUGAUUUAGUCAGUGUAGAAAUGGCUAAUUAUCAUUCCUUCCUAUUCACUUUGGUUUGUUCUGUCACAAGUUUAGUUUAUGAGGAGAAAAUAAACUUUUUAGUUGUUAAACUCCUAUUCUUUAUUCACCAUCCACUGGCAUGUGAUAUUAGAGGCACUGUGUUAGGUUUUCUCAGCUGUAAAUUAUAGCCAGCAGUGACAGUGUGCUCGCUUGUGUGAAUAUGUGAUUUCUGCUAAUAACAUUAACUGAACUUUUAUAAACCUCAGUACCAAAUCUAAAAGUGUUUUAAUCUCAAUUUGAAGAGAAAUAUGUCAAAACUGUUUCAGUACCAAAAAGAUCUCAUUUAAAUGUACUAAUGACUUCCUGUUGUCUGAACAGAUGUAUCAUGUAAACAUUUUUCUUUGAACAUUAAAUUUUGAUUUGUGCUCA